ACACGAAGAAGAAAAUGCGCUUUCAUAUUUUUCGGCAAAUGCACUCACACACAAUAACACCAAAGACAACACCGAGAAUGGACAAGUGUCCUCCCCAGCCGCCUCUCUUUACCUUCGGGGUGAUAGCUGACAUCCAGUACGCCGACAUGGACGACGGACUCAACUACACCCGGACCAGGAGGCGCUACUACCGGAGCAGCCUCCAGCUGCUCAGGAACGCUCAGGAAAGUUGGUCCGAGUCAGCUGUCAGACCGGACUUCAUCCUCCAGCUGGGGGACGUCAUCGACGGCUUCAACAAGGCCCGGGACGCCUCCGACCGAGCCCUGGACGCCGUCCUGAGAGAGUUCAGCUCCAGCCCCGUGGAGGUCCACCACGUGUGGGGCAACCACGAGUUUUAUAACUUCAGCAGGAGCGCGCUGCUGAGUUCACGGCUCAACAGCACGGUGCACGCCGAGGACAGCGUGAGAGGAGCCCGGGCCGGAUCCGACAUCUACGCCUACCACUUCAGCCCGGUGCCCGGCUUCACCUUCAUCCUGCUGGACGCUUAUGAUGUGAGCCUGCUGGGCAGAGAGGACACCAGUGAGCAGCACCGAGAGGCGUUCAGGCUCAUCAAACAGUUCAACAAGAACGAGGACCUCAACUGUCCCCCAGAGUGUGAUGACCUGCAGCAGAGGUUCACUAUGUUCAACGGUGGCUUCAGUAAGGAGCAGCUGGACUGGCUCCACUCUGUUCUCUCCUCCGCCGACGACCGGCAGGAAAGAGUCACGAUUGUCAGCCACCUCCCGGUCCACCCCCGCUCCACAGACCCAAUCUGCCUGGCCUGGAACUUCGAUGAGCUCCUGGCCAUCAUAAAGUCCCACAGCAGCGUGGUGUGUUUCAUGGCUGGACACGACCAUGACGGUGGAUACCACCAGGAUAAAGAAACAGGCGUGCACCACUUGACGUUAGAGGGUGUGAUCGAGACGCCUCCUGACAGCGACGCCUUCGGCACCGUGUCCGUGUACGAGGACCGGAUGGUGCUGAAAGGGAACGGGAGGAUCACAGAUCGAGUCCUUCUGUUUCAAUCUCCUAGUGAUGCAGCUCAUAGUACUCUAUGACACGUGCUGAUUGAUACAAUACUCUAGCUGGCAAGGCAAAUGGUUGGGAAUGUUUUGUGAUUUAGAGAGGUAUAGUAUAUUCUGGACUGGGACAUUUACAGGAUGUUUAUUACGUUCUUGCAUAAAAACAGAAGUCAGGGAAUUCUACACUGGUCACUUUUUUAGCAAAGAAAAUCUCCCAGACCGUAGCAUAGGGUCGGGAUGGGCGAUACGGGAAAAAAACAAAUAUUUUAUUAUUUAUUUUUUAAUUUUGAUCAAUACCUCAGUAUUGAUAUUGCCACCUGCUUAGCCUGCUGCCCCCGCGACCCGGCCCCGGAUAAGCGGACGAGAAUGGAUGGGUGGAUGAUAUAGGAUUAAUCAUUGAUGCAUUCACAAAAUAUUUACACAAUGAGCUUUCUGAUGAAUAAUCAUUAGUAAUGUGGCAAACAGGCAAAUAUUAGAACAGUCAGAACAGAAUGGUAGGUUCAGAAAACUUAAAUCACUUUACUGUAAAGGACAAAACUUGAUAUAUUAUGUUGCCCAUAUGGUUUUGAUUUUAUUUCUCAUAUUUUUUAUUCUUUUAUUUUCACACCUCAGUAAUGCAAGUACUCUCUUUUAAUUAUUUAAGUCUUUUUAAAGACCAAGGUGGAACUGUUAUAACAAAAACACAGAAGCACAUAUGCUCCAGUCUGUGGCACUGUGUCCACUUACCUCAGCAGAGCAUAUACAGUACCUCAAAUAUAUGAUUGCACUUUUGACAUUUUAUUAUUUAUAAUCCUGACAAGGUGUAAGAUAUAUCUUCUACACUGGUUGUAUUUUAAUUUGAAGGUUGAUUGUAUGAUUUGCAUAUUUGUACACACAUCUUAAUAAGGAACUGACUCUAUUGCUCAAUUGCCUUUCUGCAUGUUACAUAUUGCAUAAUCCAGUUACGAGUUUACUUUUACUGUUUUUUUGCUGAGCAAUAUUGUAUUGUGCAAUGUAGUGAGAAGGUUGAACCGUGCAGUGCAUUGCUUGCUAUAACUGAUAUUACCAAGUUUUCAGGUGAGAAGAUCAACACAUUGUUCAACAUGCAUUGUAAAACAAUACAAAGAAUAAUAAACUAUAGCCGCAAGGAGCAGUUUCACAAAGUCACGG